UCCAUCAGGUUAUUACCACUUGCGCCUUUUUGUGGUUGUGUGUCGUUCAAACCCUGUAUCAUGAAGUGCAAAAGUAGGGAACAGCAUCAGACGAUCAUCAACAAUAGGCGAAUGCCGAAUAUAGUAAUAAAACAAGAUAAUGUCACCGACCCUCUACAGUCCAUCAUCCCUAUCCCCAAGCACGCUGUGCCCAUUAUCGAAGAACUACUGCCCGACAUCCUCAAACUAUGUGAUCGCUCAACUAUCCUAUCUAUCAUCCAGGUGUCAAAAUAUUGGAAUACUGUCGGCUCGCCGUUGAUCUACGAGACAGUCAGGGUGGACUGCGAGAAAUGGUGGAUAAUACCACGGAACGAGACCAAGGAGACGAAAAAAGGUACUUGGGUCUUUAGGAAGGUUUUCAGCAGGGAACGAGGAUCUACUCUGAAUCCUGCUGAAGAAGCUGAUGGAGGUCGCCUCAUCAACUACAACAGGCUACAUAUCGAUCAUCAUCGACCAGUCUCCUCAUACUUUGUCUACACCCACCAUCUAACCAUUCGUUGCCAUAAUGAAGGCUGUGGAUCAGCCAUAUUCCCUUCCCCUGGAGAGAUCCUUCCAAAACUAGAGACCCUUAACCUUGAAAUCAUACCAGGUUCUGAAGACAAGUGCGCAUACUCCAAAGAGAUGGGGUUAAUUACCGGCUUUACGCGAGAUCUCAGCCCUCGUACGGUAAUCCUGUCCAAUGUGUUGAGCCUGGGGCGCAUCUGUCAUGAACUUUACCACUCUCCAACUUCCCUUCGGGAAAGUGCUGUCAAUUCAGUUGCCAAACUCGUUGUUUCCUUACCCAGUUGUCGUCCACCACGUUAUACGCUCAAAAUCACCAACAGCUUAGAACGACUGAGAAGCUCGUUCCCUCAAGUGAAGGAGAUGGUAUUCUUGCUGAAACCCAAGGUACUGGGUGAAAGGUUAGAUGAAUAUGCCGAGCUUGAGAAGACAAAGGGUGAUUCGGACCAGUUUUAUCGAGCGGAAACCGCUGACACAUACUCGGCGGAACUAUCACGUCUGUUUGGGUAUUGGGGAAGUCCCAUCACCAUAGUAGGGCUAGAGAACCUGGGAGAUGAUUGGUACAAAUCGCUAACAAGGAACCCUACCGCUGAGGAGGUAGUGAAUGCGAGCAAAAGGCGAGCGGGAGCUGAAAGAAGAAUGGAUAUCAAGGUAGUUACGUUGCGUGAUUGGCUGAAAGAUGAGUGGAAUUGGAAAGGUGUGUUCACCGCACAAGAACGAGAGUUAUGGAUGGGAGAGUAGAAUCAUCAUCUUAAGAUGGACACUUCCGAAGAACGAAUGUGAAGAAAACGGCCAAAACAAAUUGGAAGAUCGAUCGAUCAUUUCGUUCAAGUCAUCUUUGUCUAAUUAAUUUCACGUAGGUCUGUAUCCAACCAGAGUCAGAUAGAGGAAAGCGGUUCGGUACCAGGCUAUUAUGGACCUAUAUGCACUUCUACGCUCGUCGCUACAAAUUAAAAGACAUCUAGGUAUCCAUCUCGCUAAACAGUAAGCACAUCAUCGCAUACUUCACUUAACGUCAUGGUCAUGACCAUCCGCAAUCCCAAAUCUGCGCUCUUACGUUAACACGCAGUCAACAAAUUCCCAAACUACCGAUUCAACUACGCAAACGUCAAAUCCAUAAGCUCAUACACAAAAAUACAUCUAAAUGCACUUCUCUACG